UCGGGGAGGGCUGGGUUGCCAGAACCACAAGAUGCUUGUCCAGGAAAAAGCGCUUGGGGGCAAUUCCGAUAAUCUAGAGGCUACAGCAACGCGGGUUCAUACACCCUCUCCUUGCUGGAACUAGGGUGUCCAACCCGGCCCACAAAACCCAGGCUGCUGUGCAGGCGGCGGGGACCAAUUAGCGUCGGCUCGGGCCAAUUCCGUCCCUUAUGCAGACUCUGAUUGGCUGACUGGAUAAGCGCGGAAACCCAGGACGGUUGGAAAGCUGGAUUUGCGUGGGGGCGGAAGUGCUGAGUUUACGGACGCAUUAGUAAGGGCGGAAGUAGGGUCCUCAGCGGAAGUGGCUCCAGUAAGAGUGGAGGCUGUGUGACCAGGGUCCGAGCCUGGGGUUCAGCCCCCGCUGGACUGCCGCCCCCGCUGGGCUGCAGCCAUGGAACUCAGCGCCGAGUACCUCCGGGAGAAGCUGCAGCGGGACCUGGAGGCAGAGCACGUGGAAGUGGAGGAUACAACUCCUAACCGUUGUGCGUCCAGUUUCCGAGUCCUAGUGGUGUCGACCAAGUUCGAGGGGAAGCCGCUGCUUCAGAGACACCGGCUGGUGAACACAUGCUUAGCAGAAGAGCUCCCGCACAUCCAUGCCUUUGAGCAGAAAACCCUGACCCCAGAACAGUGGGCCCAUGAGCGGCAGAAAUAAGGAACCGGGACCUGUACAGUCAUUAAAUUAUGAAUGAGGGCCA